UUGUCGAGAUGCUAGCCGCACGCUUCCGCAGGCUUCCGCACGCGAACACUGCGUGCGUGAAGCGUCGUGCGUCGACGAUUGGACAGGGAUAUUCCUGCCAGGAAACGACUGGCCUCCCACGGUGCGUCCGUCGAGGCGGAAGCUCAACCACUCCGUGCAACGCGAUGCCUUCACUACGGUCCGCUUGCGCUAUCCUCCACCCGCCGCCUCGACUCCACGCCCACAAUGUCAGAGCCUAGUCCAGAAGAACAAGCAGCGAUCGUCGAGCGGUUUCGCGCGCAGCUCGUCGAGCAGGAUCUCAUUAACGAGGGCGACACAAUCGGGACGGACGACUUCACGCUCCAACGAUUCCUUCGCGCGCGCGGGUACGAUGUGAAGACGACCGUGGCGAUGUGGGCAAAAUGUCAGGAGUGGCGGAAGACGGCCGAGGGCGUCGGAAUCGACGAGCUGUACACGAAAAUGGACGCAUACGACUUUCCGGAGCGUCGCGAGGUAUUCAAUUACUGGCCGAUGUGGUUCCACAAGACGGAUAAGGAGGGCAGGCCGGUGAGCAUCCAGCAGUACGGCGGGGUGAACAUCCCGGAGCUCUACAAGCACAUCACGCCGGAGCGGUUCUGGUGGUACAUCGUCACGAUGUCGGAGAGCAUACCGCGCGAAAUCAUACCCACUGCGUCGCGGGCGGUGGGUCACCAGGUCGACGGGACGUUCCUCAUCGUGGACUUGAAGGGAUAUUCGUUGGGCCAGUUCUGGCAGAUGAAGGACCUCGUACGCGCUUCGUUCCAAGUCAUGCAAGACCACUAUCCCGAGAUGUCCGCGAAGUUCUACAUCAUCAACGCGCCGUGGUCUUUCACGACGAUCUGGUCGCUCCUCAAGCUCUGGCUCGCCCCGCGGACGAUCGACAAGAUGGACAUCCUCGGCGCGGAUUACCAGGCGGUGCUCCUGAAGUAUAUCGACGCGGAGAGCUUGCCGACGUUCUACGGGGGACGAUGCGAGUGCAGCGAGGUCGGCGGGUGCAAGUGGAGCAAGCCGAUGCGAGAUGAGAGGUAGCAUACAUACUGUAUGCGCGUUUGCUUCUGGGAGUCGGUAAUCUCGGGCUAGGAUGGGGACGCCAAUGUUGAUGGUUCUACGCAUAGGGAGGCAUGGUAUAGGGCUAGAAACAUGACACUCUCGAACGCACAGUUGAUUGCUUUCCGGCACCCAUCCGUAGCACGCCGUUGCGCCUCUGCGAUGAGACGGUCUCGUUGAAAAGUUUGAUGAACGCGGCUGCGGACUUCGGCGAAACAGCGCCCGGCCACUGUAUUGUUAUUCUCGCAUCCAAGCAUUCUAAGAUCUGAGGCCUCAGGCUGAGGGUCCAGCACUUCCGAGUUGGUCUGUCAGUUUGAGAGAUUCGCGAAGCCGGGUCUUCUUGAUGCCAUAGAGUGCGAACGGACAGCGGUUGCUCAUAACGUCGAGAGGAAUCACUGUUUAAAAUCUCGAGUAUAUGCAGGCUCAGGCAGCGGGGGCCGAUGGAAGCAAG